AUCCAGACCUGGCAGCUAGUGCGACCGGAUUCUUUUGCCAUUGGCCGGGCAGAUUGACCGGCGGAACCACGUGCGGCCCAAACGCGUUCGGCCGCCAAAAACAAAAGAAACGCGACGGCCUCUUCCUCAAAUUUGGACGUGGGAAAUAAAACACAACAAACUGGCCGCAGAUACUGUCCCUUUGAUCGUUGACUGCCCUGGUUAACGAAACAGAGACUGCACCAAAGGCGAGAACAAAGAAAAUCCGGUCGGUCGAUUCGAGCUUUCAUCCACAGCCAGCAUGCCGCGCCCUCCCUCAAAACGAAGUCGUCCAGUCCCCAAAACCUUGACGGCCUCCAAGGAAGCGUCCCGGCGCAAUGUUCGACAUGGGGACGCCAUCUCCGCCCAAACCCUGGGGUCCUCGCCAAAACGCAACCCGGAUGUAGAAAUCGCUACACAUUCCAGGAGAGACCAGACUCCCGUAUCCGAUGCCCAGGAAGUCGCAAUCGAGUCGUCACCGAUGGGGGAGCGUGGAGCAACAGGGAGCCGACCACCCACUCGAUCUCGUGGCUAUUCAUCUACGCUUUCCGUGGCCGGCCGAAAAGGAGAGACUGGCUCUAAGGUUCCCGGAACGCCUGCCUUUGAGAGUUCCAUCCUGAGUAAUUUCAGACGACGCCCGAGACAACCCAGUAUCCUGCAGAUGAUGCAAGCAGAAGAUGGUUCCUCAGAUUUCGACGAUGAUGAUUUUCUCGGUGGCUUCAGCCCAGAAGACGAGUCCACACCGCUGAAUCUCACCAGGAAGAAAUCACUCGCAAUGCAGAGUGCUGUGGAUUCGUCUCCAUCCCAGAUAUCGUUGCCUCCCAGCGGUGGAUCACGCAAGCGCAGACGAUCCUUGAACGAAAAUGCAAAUCUCGAGGCACCCGUGGCUGCAAUUCCUUCCAGUCCUGUUAACGCGGCAAUUUCACCAAAACAUCCCCGUGAACGAGAACUCCAUGCCUCCGUCCAAUCACAACAAACUCCAGGAUCUUUCGCAGUGUCAAUACAAGCAAUGGAACCGCCCUUGAGCAGCAGCUUGCCUACAAGCCCCGCUCAACCGUUGACAGAGCCUCGAAACCCGACAGCAGCGACCACAGAGAGGGAGUCUGAUAACAAGAUCAACCUUCCGACCACCGCCCUCCAAGACAAGCUCCUUCCUAGACGACGUCAACGGCGGCGCAGACCCCGUCUCAUGCCGGACGUGGAAGACCCAAACGAUUCAAGCGACAGUGAUGGGUCUGUGGGUGAGCAGGAGGAGGAUGAAUUGAGCUAUCUUCCCGGCCAAACCACGUCACGGCAGCAACGAAGGCAACCGGCCAAGCCUCAAACGUUCCCCAAUCUUCGCAACACACAUGGGGCUCGGAAGGCCGCUCAGGCAUAUGAAAGCCAAGCCGCCGAGAGCUGCGAUUCGACGGCCACACGUUCAAAACAAACGAAGGAACAAACCGGGAACGAGAUUCGCGGGGAUGCGUUGGGGACGGACAAAGAGAACAACGAAUUGAACACCUCUUCCCCUAUAUCGUCCCCGCCUAACUCGGAGGCAUCGGAACCGGAAUCCCUGCUAGAAGAGAUGUCAGUAAAGUUCGUCAGCGAGGAACUGAGAGCACAGGCACUAAAGUUUGCCGAGGUUGAUAAUUGGAAAAUGGAAUACGAGGACCUCCCCGCUAGCCAAGGGUGAACCAGUUAUAUACCCUUUACGUUAAUCAGCAAUGCAACCCUGGCUUCACCCUGAAAUGCCAAAUCUGCCUGUCGUAGAAGCCAUGCGAUCGAAAUCCUUGUAUGUACAGCAUAGCGCAAGUUUCCCAGGACUUGCCGACGUUAGCCGACGG